GAUUUGCAAAAGCAUCGGCAACAUGCAGCGCACCAAAUGACAACACGUCCCAAAGAAAUAAAUUCAACUUGAACUCAGUUUGUGAUAAAUCCGAGUAGCAGGAAGUACGUUAACUUAGCCCUAGUUAGACACAAUCCUAGACAUUAUAAACUAUUACGAAUAUUGUUUUGUUAGUGCACUUUAGUUAGACAAGAACCCACAAAAGACAGACAGCUGACAGCACUGCUAACUGAAAUAAAAUUAAAUAAAAGAACAAUAGGAGGACAUUAAACGAAAAGACAUUAGCCGAAACCCUAGAAGCCAGACUUAGUAGUGUUUGAAAGGCCAACCAGUAUCAGGAAGAGAUCUACUUAGCCUAGUGCCACCAUGCCACAUGGGGUCUGUGAGGAAUGUACGUAAUAUAUCCCGCAGAUGAGCUCAUCUGUAUGACAUAUGGUUUCUUUGCGCCCCGAGUGAAACCGCGUCCCACACUCGACUGUCUACGUGAGCCCCAGGUGCCCAUCGAGAUUCCGGAGAGAUCCCUGCCAAAGAACAAAAGCAUCAAAAGCACCAAUCCAGCUACAAUACCCAAUAAUAAUCCAAGUUCCGCCGCCGCCGCCGUAGUCCAUUUCGAGGCUACUCCACCCAUUGCCAUCCAGGAUAUAUCAGGAUCUCCUAUAUCAGCAUCACCUUCGCCACCUUUGCUGUAUCCCGGAUUACCAUCGCCAACAUCCCCGGCUUCUUAUCCAGGAUCCCCGCCAAUCCACACCACUUUCUUUAACUUCGAGGCGCCGACCCCGGUGGUUCAAAACGAGUCCCAGAGCCUGCCGCCCACGCCCACGCGCCGUACCUCCCGCGCCUCACUGACCCACUGCAAUAGCCAUAACUCCAGCCAGCGAAGCAGCUUGCGGAGGAACCACCACAUGUAUAAUGAUGGAAACAACGCCUCUGGAUCAGGACGAGCACCAUUCCAGCGCAGCAGCGCAGCGUUCGAGGAGCAGGAGCAGGGAGCCGCUGCAAUAGGCUAUGGCGACCACCGAUCCCGGAGUCCCAGCAUCUUCCUGGAGCCACCCACUCCGGAUCCCACCCAUGCCCACUUUGGUCCAGGAUGGGGCCGGCCCAUGUCACCCAUGGAUCUGCCGCCGGAGAAGUCCUUUGGCAGUUCCUCCGGGAGUAAGUCCCCCACUGGCAAGUCUCGCCUCCGUCCCAAGCUGCAUCUGCCGCUGGGGCGAUUGGGUCGUUCCGCCUCCUCGGAAACGAAGGAGAGCAAUCGCCUGCGCGAGGACGUCCACGUGCAUGUGGAGAAUCCGGUUUUCAGCAGCGAGAACCUGCGCCAAAACAACUUUGAUGCAUUCUUCGAGGCACGCGAACCUGUCAUCAAGGUUCAGCCCCGCACACCAGGCAGUGCCCCCACGGAGAGGGGCUAUUCGCCGCCCCUGGAGAACUAUGCGGGUGUCUACGAUUCGCCUAGGACGCGGAGUCCGGCGGGAAAGGGCGGCAGUAGCGGGGGCAGUGGAAGUCUUUUUGCCAGGUCACCGCGGGAGGAGCGCGAAAGGAUGGCUGCCGCUAGAUCCCGCAGUGCGGAUCAUUGCGAUGGCGCCGGCGGCGGCGGAGGAGCGGUGGCCAGUGGAUCGAACUCAGCGGGCGGCGGUGGCGGAGGCAGUACCUCGGGAGCACACUCCAAAGAUUCUUCGGUAAAAUCUUCAAGUGGUCGAAGAAGUCGUAGGAGGAGAAUCUUCGGGUGGAGGGGACCACGGCGUGGUUCCCUUGGCCCCCCGGGCAGCAUGGCGUCCUACAACGGCGUGCUCAAGGAUUACAGUCACAGCAGCCUGAACGAGGCUUUCAAGUCCCAGAACAAUGUCAACUUUAAGUUAAUUAAAACAGUAUCCGAUUUCUCCGAAACACUCUCCCGUCUGUAUGAGGAACACGCAACUGCCCUACAAGUUUUAGUGUCCAAUUAUCGCAAAAAGAAUGCCGAAUUACGCAAAGAAAGACCCGCCUGCCACUUGGCCAUCUUUCAGGCAUGGGAAACAUUCCUGCAGGAGGUCGAAACCGAUUCACAGGCCUGCAACGAUGUGGCCAGCGUCCUUUCCCGCCAGGUGUCGCGACCAAUGCUGGAUAAAUCCUUUCAUCGCAAAGUUCAAAGCCGUAAAAUAUUUACACACAGGGAGUCUUUUGAGACUAUUAUCGCAAAGACUGAAGAGAAGCUGUCAAAGUGCCGACUGGACUACAAGCAGUGCCACAUGGCGCAUCGACAGAAUCCCAGCCAGCACUCGCUCACCGAAUACAUCGACGCGCACAACGCCUAUGUGCAGCAGCUGCAUGCCACCAAUGGCAUGCUGGAGGCCUACCACAGCGACACCCUGCCCCAGCAGAUGCAGGAGCUGGAGGAGAUCCACAACGACCUCUGCGGCAUUGUGUCCGAUUCGCUGUUGCAGGGCGCCGAUGUAAUUGCCACCAAGGCCAAUGACCAAGCUAAACGGUACAAUAGCCUGACCAACCAGUGCAGCGCUGUGUCGCCACAACAGGACCUGCUCAACUUUGUCCGCCUGCUGGCCCAGCCCUCGCAGGCCCAGAAGGUACCCCGGCGACCCUUUGCGCCGCCCCAGGGCGAGCCCGGUGACGAGGCCGGUGACCACAAUGAGAUGACGCCCGUCCUGCGGAACGAGCUGGUCUUCGACCGACACUCCACCUUGUCGCAGCGCUCUGCUCUGGAUUCACUUAAGCGAGAGGCCAUUGAAUUGGAAUUGCAAAUACGCCAACUGCAGGACUCCAUUGAUGCUUUAAAUCGCACCCAAACGCGCGGUAUCGAGGGUCAACUGUACAAUAAGGUCAACGAGCUGCAGGAGGAUUUGUCAAUGAAGAAGUUCGACUUGCGGGCCAAGCAAAUCCAUUUGGCGGCCAUACGAGCUCAGAAGGAUCUGUUCGUGAGCAAAGUUGAGCCGACAUCGCCGCGCAACGAACGCAAAUUCUCCGCUGCCACAGCGCCAUCGAUGAAAACAAAGUGGCUGAAAGCAUUUAAAAGCCUAAAGCCUGCUGGUUCUGGUUCAGCACAACAAGCAGAUAGCCAACCACCCCGACAAAAUCAAAUGUACCACGCUGUAUCAACCGUAUUGACUUUGAGGCGCAAUGGAGCCUCCAGCACAGCCUCCGAGCCGCUGCGUCCCAACCUGGAUGGCAGCCACCACCUGCAGGAGUACACCUACAAGAAGAUAACGGCAUGCGACGUCUGCUCCCAGAUCCUGAGAGGCCACACCCGGCAGGGACUGCGGUGCCGCAUCUGCAAACUGAAUGCCCAUGGAGACUGCGCUCCGAACCUGCCGCGUUGCCAGCCGAAACAGAAGCUGCUCCGGCGCCAAAAGAGCACCUCGGAGCUGGAGAACCGCGUCGAUAUUGAGGAAGAAACCGGCGAACUCAAAUCCGGGCACUCGAAUCUUGCAGCAGGCGACAAAUCCGUCCAGGGCAAGGAAGGCAUCCCGAUUCCGGAUCGCGAAAUGGGCCGGGCCCCGCCCACGGAUAUACCGAUUGUCAGCGUAUCGGAGCUGGCCCUGCAGGAGCAGCAGCAGCAGCAGCAACAACAGUCCCAGCAGCAGCAACAACAACAGCAGCAGCAGAUGCAGAUGCAACAGCAGCAACAUCCGCAACGGAGUCUGGCAUCGGUGGCGCAGGCGGCGGCCGUAAGGGCCGGACGGGGUGUUCGCCCACCGCCCGUUGCCAUGCCGAUACUGGGCGUGCAGCUGCAACAACAGGAGCUGCAACAGCAACGCGGCGGGCUGCCGGUGCCCACCCAAGAUAUAUCUAGUAGCUCAGCACCGCACUCACCGCGUCGCCAAAAGUUGAAUUUACGCAUGAAAUCCCUGAGCCUGGACUCCCCCGAAUCCUCGGAGCUUCACGGCCAGUUUAGGCGUCGAGCCCAACUUCCGGGCACGGGGGCCUCGACAUCGGCCAGCUCCGGUUACUAUCAUGGCGGCUCUGGAGGCCACCUGGAGCACAGCACUCCGCCGUCGAACAACAGCAGGCUGCACUCACCAUCGAGCCCCUCGCAUCCGGGCCGCAAACUGCUCUACGCCACCCGGGGAAUGCGUGGCGGCAGCGUCGACCUACCGGACGAAAUGGAGAAGUCCCAGUCCUCGGCCAGCACUUCGCCGUGCCUUUCACCCAAAACACAUCGCCUGCUGCCCACGAAUCUGUACGUUAUCAUCUACAACUUCAAGGCUAGGCACGCCGACGAACUGGACCUCAAGGCUGGCUACAAGGUAACUGUCAUCGACAAUUCAGAUCCGGACUGGUGGAAGGGCAAGGUCUUUGGCCGCGUCGGCUACUUCCCGUCCAAGUACUGUGUCCGUCUGAACGCCAACGAGAAGCCCUUGCAGGUAACCCACAAUCUACAGGUCUCCGACAGUGAACGUGGCGAGAACCUCACCCUUCUCAGAGAUCAGAUUGUCAUCCAGACCGGCGAUGAGGUGAACGGCAUGGUGAUGAUCCGCGCCGCGGAGCACGGAUCGGGCUACUGCCCGAUCAAGUAUUUGCAGGAGGUGUGACAGCCAGAAGAGGACGAGCCGCCCUCCGACGAGCGGGACAGACCCUACAAGUCGUCCAUGCAGUCGUCGCAGUCACGGGCGACGGACAAAACCAAGCGUAGGAUUAGAAUCGUAGUCACCGACAACCAAAGUCAAGCAACUAGUAGCGCUGCACCCGCCCCAUCUGCACCACCUGCCUCCACAUCCACCCAGCACCACCACCAGAUACCCAGGGAAUCGGACCUCGAAACGAAGCGCCUGAACAUCGACUAUGGCGACGAAGGCAGCGCCGAUUGGGACAAGGAUCGGGAGGUGCUAAUCCUAUCGGGACGACGGAACAAGAACGACAAGAACUGGGAAAACUGGGAGCGCAUCCGCGAACAGAAGCUGGAGAAGAUGAAGGGCAUUUGCUUCGAAAGCUACCGCCAGUCCAAGCGGGACAAACUAAUGCAGGCCAAGCCUCGACCCAAGCAGCUGGAUCCCACCUGGUACACCGACAACAUCUACUCUAAUCGGUCGGACGACAUGGACGAGGACUAUGUGCCCGACGUCCUCAAGUAUGGACCCUUUCGUCCGCUCCGGGACAUCCACGAGCUCGACGAGAAGAUCGGCGGCAGCGGUAAGGGAGAAGAGCGUCGCGGCGAGGGUGAGGGAUCGCCCGGAUACGGACUGCAUCGCUCCAAGAGCUGCAAGGAGUUUCAAUAUCCCAAAUCCCAGAGUUGGUGCUUCGAGGGCAAUGUCUUCGAGGCGGGCGGCGGCGUAGCCAGUGCGAGUGGCUCUGGGCCGGGUACGGGGACAGGCGGCAUGGCCGCUCAACCCACCACAUCCAUACUCAAGAACCGAGCCGGCGUGCCCAAGUCAUAUUCCUUUAGUGCCACCACCAAGACCAUGCCUUUCGAUAUUAUCGAUUACGAGCUGCCGCCUUCCACCAAUAGCCGGCGCGAGAAAAGGGAAGCCUACAGGCGCAACAUGAGCCUCUUGUGCAGCAGUAGCUUUGACGAGAGGACCCUGGCCCAUCGCUGCUGUGCCCGGGAUCAGUGCACCAGUGCCCGCUGCCUCUUGGACGACAUAUAUCCGGGAUCCCGGCCGAGGACGCGGACGGGAAGCAACCGCAAUCUGAGUGCUGCGGAUUGGCUGUUCGAGGAGCGUGCCGCCGGACGCCAGAGAACACCUGCACCACCCACUGUUAUCUGCUGCUGCUCGGCCGCAGAGGACUGCUGCUGCCACCGCCAGCCAAGGCAGCUACCUCAGCCAGCUCCACGGGCCAGAAACUCCAGAACUGCUCCGCCGGGCCAUUGUCCUGGUCACCAUCCUGCCGCCGAGGAGGAGGAGCACAUGCACUGCCGCUACGACACCGACCUAGAGCACUUCAUACGAGCGGAACGAGAGCGACUGAUGCUGCAGGACAAGUUCCUGGACGAGGACGAGCGGUACCUGUCCGCCGCAGCUGCUCCCCGGAGUCCGGGCAGAAGGUAUCCGUCAGCCAACUACCAGCGUCCCUCGCGCAGCAAGUCCUUGUUGGAGAUGCCACCUCCCGCUGCCACCUGCAACAGUCUGUUCGACGAAGACACCUGCUCGGACACCACGGAAAUCGACCUGGAGGACUUCAACAUCGACCUGGAGAAGUACUGGGAGCAGCUGGACAAGCCGCCCAGUCCCAUCAACAUGGACAUGCGACGGAACAUGCACAGCAGCCUCAAGGUGAAGAACGUGAACGUAAGGUGCUACAACAAUGGCCAGCCCAUUGACAUCCAUGACCGCGAGCACGAGCGUCUAAUGAUCAAGAAGUCGCUGCUCGAAGGCAUGCCCUCGCCGCCCCAGCUGGACUCCAGCGAAUCCUCGACAACUGCCGGGGGAUAUCCUUUUUUUGAUAAUGCCGCUGGCGCUGCCGCCUCUGCCUUCCACCAUCCGCGUCCCAGCUACGGCUAUGGCCACAAGGUCUACCCCACAAUGGACACACUGCCCUCGUACCAGUACAACAACUUCUAUCCGGAGCACAGCCACCCGACGGUGGGCAGUGUCCUGACACAGCAGCCCACUGCCGGAAUUCAUCACGCUUCCGCCGGUGGCCAUUCGGCCCUGAGUCUCAUUAACAACAUCUUCUCCAUUUACAAGCCCAACAAGUACUCGCCGGAGAACUGCCAGAUGAACUACGAGAGCAAGCCGGAGCCGUGCAAGAAGAUGAACAUGCCGAGCACGAGGCGCCCCCUGGGCUCAGCCACCCCGCAUCCGCUUCCGGUCCAGCAUCCGCACGAGUACAUGCACUCGUCGAUGAAGCGGCCCCUGCUGGUGAGUGCGGAUCAGCCGCACUUCAAGAUCAUUCCGGAGAAGACGGGCCUGAAGAUAUCGCCGCUGCUGAGCUACGAGGACUACGGAGGCGGAUGCGGCAGUACCGGAAUGGGGGAGAAGGCCCCACACCACAGACUGAGUAGCACGGCGCGGCCUCUGAUGCUUCCGCACUGAUGGUGCUGGACCUUUCCGUGGUAUGGCAAUGGCAAUGGCAACUAUUGUUAAUAGGUAUGUUUUGUGGAGAGGCAACUUAUCCAAGAGACUUGCGAAACGCACAAACUGGGUCCCGCCAAAAAACCCAAGACAACCAUCCGACAUUCCAGCUGGCGGGGGAUUCCGGCUCAUCCGUUGUGGCAGUGGUGGUGUCUAUCCAGCCCAACCACCCUCCAGUACCCCACUCCCCUCCACCCACUCGUCUCCGACGUCGUCGUCGUCGUCGUCGUCCAUCCGCACAAUUUGCUUUUUGGUUUUCAGCAGGGCAAGUGCAUGUAACAUCCACUCAUCGUUGUCGCCAACAAAGAAAAAAAAACGAAACGAGGAAACCCAAAAAAAAAAACUGACACUCCAGCAACAGGAAAACCACUUAAACAACAACAACUACAGCCAUACCAUCGGAAAACAGCACAACAAGAACAACAUCAGCAUGUGUUGCAAGUUGCAAGUUGCAACUGCAAUCGCAACAUGACCAAAACAACAUAGUCGAGGAAAUGUCGAGGCUUGAAGAUGAAAGUUAGGAUUAGUAACGAAUUGAUCAGAGGUUCGAUUAGAGUAGACACAGUCCCCACUCCCUAAGAACAACACACAACACACAUAUGUAUACAAUCAAUGUGCUUUUAAUUCGCUUCAAAUCGCUACAAAUGCCGCAGCAUUGCAGUUCAUUGAACAAUAUAUAACUAAUGUAUGAAAAAUAAAAAACCAAACAACAGAUACACUAAUUUUCGAGCAACUUUUAAGCAAUCAACAGCGUAUUCAAUAGAACAAAUAAAAACUAAAACCAAGAGAAAGAAACUAGAGUUAAGUCGAAUGUGUGCAUAUGUAUUAAACCGUUCAUAUCGCGUUUCAUAAUCCAGUAUGAACAUCUCUAUGUAUACCUUACUCUGUAGCAAGCUAAAACGAUUUUAUUAGUACUGAGAAUGGUCGAAAGGAUAAUUGGAUCUAAGGGAUCGUGUCGCGUUUAACUAAAUGAGGAAUACCGUUUUUAUUGUCACCAAAUUUUUUCUAUUUUUUAUACCAAACAACUUUGAAGUCAACUAAACGGAAGGAUAAAGGAUGAGUUAAUGAUGAAAUUGCAAGGAUCGUUAAAGAUAGAAGCUUUCCCCAUUAUUUGCGGCUACUAGAAGGCAUAUAUGCAGGAUAAGUAUAUGUUGAGAACUCGAUAGAAGCGCUUUUUGUGAACUAACUAGAUUUGUAUAGCAAUGUGAAACAUUGAAUAUGAUAAAUAUGAAUUGUACUUUUAUGAUGUAUGCGUAUCCACUGGCCUUAUUUAUUGAAAAAGUACCCAAAAAACAAUGAGCUGAAUCCUCACUUGUACACACAUCCAUACACACCCACAGUAACACCAAUACAAAGACACACAAAGUCCCCAGAAAAAAAAAAAAAAUUGGAGAAUUAAAAUUAAAUUUUCAUAAAAGAUUUAAGUAUAAGGCUUUGCGUCACUUUUGUUAAUUGUUUUUUGGCGUCCAAUUUUACAUGAUAACUAAAUGUAGGGCUCUAGACAAAAAUCGACUAAAAAUCGACGAAAAUCGAAACUAUCGAGUAUAGAAAAAACUAUCAAGUAUUUUGUAGUGCAUAAGCUAACUAAUGAAGAAACAUUUAAACCAAUACCAAAUACUCGUAUAUGAGAACUUUUUAGUGCAAGACUCCUUGUGCGUGAAGAUUUUGAAUUUGAAUUUAUUUUUAAUGACUUUUGAAUACAAGAGAAAACAAUGAACAAGACAUUUUAUCAGAGAUCGUUUUUUAUCUAUUUAACAUUUUCUUGAACCACAUACAACAACAAGAACAACAACAACAACAAGAGAAAACAACUAUUUUCUAAGUGUACCCUAUGGCCUAUUAGUUAGUAAUUAAGAGAGAAUGUUUUUCCAAGCCCCGCUUAGACCACAGAACAGGAGUUCGAUGAGGCAUGGAAGGGGGAAUUCUGCACAAAACCCAAAUCUAGAAAAAUAUCCACAUACUGCACCCAAUUAAUUGUACGAUGUAUCUAUCGAUUAAUGAGUAUUUACGAUCACAUCUAGAGACUAAGGAGAACCGAAUUGUAUUGUAAAAUGAAUGGAAUCGACAAACACGAAAACGCCCAAAUCUUAUGAGUAUGUAAGCAACCAAAAAAAAAAUGCCGAAAACUUAAAUUCAAACAGGAUAACCGAUGGCUACUAGCUGCGGGCAUCAAAACUGCUGAAAUUGGCAAUUAAGUAUAUAGUAAUAUAUAUAUAUAUAUGCAUAUGUAUGUAUGUACAAUGUAGUAGAAUUUUUGCGACUAAAAACAUAAACCGAAAGGUAAAAAACUGCAAUCGUAGAGCCCAGCAGCAGGGGUGGAAGUCUUUGCGAAACUGCUUCUUGGUUUUUUUUAGUGUAUACUUUCGUUUUACAUAUUGUACGAUUAAGGAAUUCAAAGCAUUACGAAUGCAGUGGGCCAUAAGCUAUGUGUAAGUCUAAGCCAGAGUUAUUGCACCCCGACUUGGACGGCGAUACCUGGCGCACCUGGUUGCAACUAUGUAGAGGGCAGCCUGGGAAGCAAACAUACCAACAUACAUACUACAUUUACAUGUAAACAGUAACUAGUGAAAAGCAAAACAAAACAAAGAGAACAGUAUAAUAUCAGUGCAACGUAAUAUAUCAACAAAUACCAGAGCUGCAAACAGCAAGAAACAGAACUCAUUAGCACACCUGCAAUUGAAUGUGAAAGAAAAAAAAAUACCAAACACACAUCCUUUCCAGUUCCAUUACCAAUUUCCCGCUUCUACGCAGCGACCCUGUUAUUUUACCUGAAUUGCAAAUAAAAAAGAUGUUCAAUUCGAUGUGAAAAAAAUAAUAAAAACAAAA